CGACGACUAUGAAUCGACGAUGAAAUUCGAACUCUUAUGCUAAAGUACAACUAUUCAAUAUUCAUGCAUUUGUUUCGAUCGAUCCAAACUAUUAUGCCACAAAACAAAACGCAGAGAAAUCUUGUGAACCCUAUAUACCGCAAACGAAACACCAACGAAGGCGAUUUUACUUUGACGUAAACAAAAAAUACCAGUUUUUUUUUUUUAAUAAAGUUACCCAUUCAUUAAGUUGAUGGAUACAAAGAUACAAAAGGUACUAAUGCAUCCUUGUAUACACAUCCUUGUACAGCCGGACAUCUUAAGAUACAUCAUGAAUCUCUCGACAGUCGUUUACUUUAAAUUCUUCCUUCUUUUAGUAAAUGACACACAGACUGCGAGGCGCGGGGAUCAAAAAGAUGCGGAUGAAAUUAACAAUCUUAAAAAUUUAUCAUUGAAAUGAAAGGAAACAAAUGCUUCGUUUUGUUCAAUUUUUUCCCCUUAAAAUGUAAUCAGUACGAAUGUUGCAGAACAUUCACAAUAACAAGAACUUUAUUUCUAUUCUAAAAACAACUCAGUAUUGUCACUGAUCGUUUUUCUUACACGAUCUAGGUCAUGCGACGGAUGUUCCGUAUAACCACAACGGAAGUUCACUUGUGCAUCGAUAAGAAGCUACCGAUUGACAUGACAUGCAGACGACAUUUUUCGUUGGAUAUUAAAUUAACAUCUAUUAUUCAAUAUAUCUAUUUUAUAUAAAAACACACAGUGCAGAUGUCUGGGAGGUUCUUGUAACCACCCCAUAGCGCUCUUCGAAAUUAACAUAUGAGGUAAUAUAAAUUGUUUUAAUUGAAUUAAGACAUGAAAUUGACAUGGUUUUAAUAACUUUUCACCUUGGAUGUUAUAUUUUGAUAUGUGCGAGGCUUACAUGUAUUUCUGGCCUGAUAAUUUACUGAUGACGUUCGUGGUACAUGUAUAAUUAUGUAUAUUGGAACACAAGGUUAGAUUUUAAAAAGCUAAGAAAAUCAGUGGAAUAUAAACUCUUUAGCAAAGAAGAAUACACAAUAUAUUGAAAUGCCAGAUAUUUAGUUUCCAGAACAACCAUAAUAUGAUGGUGUGCAUUUAGUGAAUUUGGGUUAAGGGCGUGCAGUGAUCUUGAACCAUGUUUGUAGGUCAAAGCUGGUCAUAGUAGAAUUAUGUACAAAAUCCUUGUCCGUAGCAUAUCUUCUCUCCCCUUGUUCCAAUAUUGCUCAAACUUUACUCACAAGAGUGCCUAUGGUCAAAAGAUGUGCAGUGACGUUGAAUGAAGUUUGAAGGUAAAGGGUCAAAGUCAUAUUGGAUCAUGCAAAAAAAUUUCAGAAUAUAUAUAUACUCUCCACUUAGCCUUAUUUGGCUCAUACUUUACACAAACAGAGCUUUUAAGUAAAAGGUGUGCAGUGACCAUGAACCAAGAUUGAAGGUCAUAUGUGUAGGUCAUAGCAGAAUUAAAUGAAAAAUCCUUUUCCGGAGGAUAUUUUUUCUGACUAUGGUCCAAUCUGGCUAAAACUUCACUUGCAGAGUGCCUACGAUCAAAGGGUGAGCAAUGACGUUAAAUAAUGUUUGUAGGUCAAGUGUCAAGGUCAUAUUAGAUCUUGCAAAAUUCUUUUUUCAGAGCAUAUAUGUAAGGGGUAAUGAGAUUGAAUUAAAAGUUUUAUGCCAGCUUGAAAAUUUCUAUGUUUUAGGUCAAGGUCAAAGCAAUAUUAUCUGAAAUGCUUUUCAUCCUAUUGUCCAUGGCCAUUAUUUAUGCGUGGCCCUUUCAGAUAGUCUCCAUCUCAAUGUUGUCUAGUUAUUAUUUAUUUAUUUUUAUAAAGUAAUCUAAAGCAAUUGUGCAUGCUGUCUUAAAUUGUUAUUUUUGCAAAAUUUACCCUCUGAAUUUCAUUGUCGCAAUCCCCUGCCAAUAUAUAUCUUCUCUAAACUCACUAAGUGAGUCAGGGAAAUAUGUAGGCGGACUCUGGACCUUCCCUAGAGCGCAGCUUGGCCUAGAAACAAACGAGUUUCAUUUUGUUUCGAAUUUAUUUAAGCAGGGGCCGUAUAAUUCCUUACCAGAAUUGCAAUUUACGGAAGCGCAUAUGAAGUUUCAUCCUAAUUUGAUAGAACACGCUGACUAAUAAUGGCCGUGGCGUGUCGUCUCUUCGAUCUCGGCAAUCACUGUCGAAGAAAAUAGUUAAAAUUGUGCUUUAAAGGGACUUGGACACGAUUUUAGAUAUUUUCCCCCUUUUUUAUGUAUAAAAUGGUUUACUUGCUCAUUUUGAAUGAUUGGCCAAAAUUUGAAUGUUGGAAGUCAAGUUAUAAGAGAGAUACAGCGGUAAGAAAUUAUUGUAAUGUAAACAAAGCUUGAGUCUUAUAUUUGUUUACAACUAAUACAAAUAAUGUAAACUAUGGAAGUGCCAUUUCUUUGACCAAAUGACUCGUGGCAAACAAGUUAAACUGCUUCAAUGUGUUCAUAGAUUAUAUGAUAAAGAGAAACAAGCAACAUGUCAUUGAGACUUUUACCAAUAAAAUACAUAUGUAAACCAUAACAAAGCUCGAGCUUUGUUUACAAAACAAAGAUUUUGAAACUCUGUAUCUUGCUUAUAACUCAAUAGUUGACUUUCAAAUUUUGACAAAGCAUUAAAAGUACUUAGGAUAACCAUUCUAAACAUUAAAAUUGGAAAAAUAAAAUUUUGAGCUCAAAUCGUGUCCAAGUCCCUUUAAACUGUGAUACAUGUUUAAUUGCCUGUAUAGUUACUCAUAUAUAGUUAAGUUUAAAGUAGUGAAAUCAAUAUUGCAGAAAUUCUGUCGUUUUCUUUACAUGAAUCACUCCUGAACAAUUUUCAUAGUAUUUACAGUUUAAAAUCAAUUUAUUACAUGUGUUAAGACAUUGAUGACCUCUUGCGAGUAUUUGGUAAUAAAUGCCUUCUUUUAAUUGUAUUUAUGUUACUCUUUCAAAUCAAUUUAAGCUUAUUUAUGAACAAGAGAAAAAAAGGUUAUAUAACAAAAGCUGUUAUAAACAAAAGUCCUUUGUUACUACAAGUUAGUUCCUGUUUAUAGUAAAGCUGACAUCACUCAUUAUUACUCUUGCUCGAAAGGUCGCAGUAUUAUUAUCUAAAUAGUUUUUCCGGUGUGCAUUCGAAGCAGUACUGUGGGUGUCAAAAAGGAGAUAUUUGCUGUUUUCCUGUAAAAUUCCGACAAAAAACACAAAAUUAAAGUUUCUUGUGAUUGCCGGUGCACUAUACGCUAACGUUGUCAUAAAGGAUAUAAGUGUAGCAUUCAACAAUGAGAAUAAGAAAAUACAUCCGAAUUAAGAACGUCCCACUUCUUGCAGUAGGACUGUUUGUUAUUUUGACAAUCUGGGAGACAUUUCAACAUAUGAGAAAUAAACCUGGAAUAUAUGAAAGAGAACCAAAUCUAACCUAUAUGUAUGAAAGCAAGAAGUUGGAUGGUAUAGCGUGUGUGAAAUUCCAAGGACGCCUGGGGAACUUAAUGAUGGGGUACGUGUUCCUCUAUGUCAUAGCAAAAAUGAAACAUUUGUAUCCCAUUGUUCCGGAAAAUUCAGAAUUGUUCCAAAUAUUUGAUAUAGAAAAAACAACACUAUCUGCUAUCAACAAAUCAACGGAUUCGUGCUCAAAAUUACCAGAAUACAAAGAAAGCUGGGGACUUUCUUACGAUGAAAAGUUACUUGCAGUCCCACCAAACAAAAGCGUGAGAUUUAAUGGGUACUUUCAAUCAUGGAAGUAUUGGAUUAAGUACGAAGAUAGAAUUAGAAAACUUUUACGGUUUAAAAAUCCGAUUCAACAAAAGGCCCAUGAUCAGAUGAGAACAAUUAUGAAUAAAAUGAAGUUUGAAGUCAACAAGGACAGUGUUAUUGUCAGCAUACACAUCAGACGGGGAGAUUACGCAACCGAUGGGCAUUAUAAGUACGGAAAGCUGACACCCAAUGAAACUUAUUACGCAAACGCCAUGCAAUAUUUCAAAACAAGGCACAAAAACAUAUUAUUUGUGGUGGGAUCUAACGAUAUAGACUGGUCCAAAAAAGCCUUGGCCAAAGAGAAAAAUGUAUAUUACUCGACAGGAAAUUCACCGGCGGAGGACAUAGCUUUGCUUUCUCUAGCUAAUCAUACAAUAAUGUCAGUCGGUACGUUUGGUUGGUGGAUCGGAUGGAUGGCGCAGGGAACUAGUUUAUUCUAUAAGAACAUUUUCAGACCUCAAUCCGAUUUUGCAAAAGAAUUCCGGAAUAAUUCUAUUGAUGAUUUUAUCUAUCCCGGAUGGAUUCCAAUGGAAUAAAAGUUUGACUUGCUUUACGAAUAUUGCGUUAAUUAUCAAAGCAUUUUAGCGGGUUCUGUCGGAGACUUGAUUCCAGUUGUUGUUCUUAUCCAAGUGAAGUUAAAUACAAAGUAGACAUCUGGACUUUGUAGCAAAUAAAAUUAUUUUCAAAUUUUUCACCAGAUUCUCUUAAUUUACCGGUAAACGUUGAGCCCUUUUGUACCAGGUUUAUUUCAUAGACUUACUACUUGUGGAGCAUUGCAGUUCUCAAGAAGAUUGUUUAUAUUUAUAAACCAACAUCAAACUUUGAAUCCCUUGUGGUCACUUUUUGUCCAGCGCCCGUCCGUCUACCUGUCUGUCCGUCUGUAAAUUUUCUACAAUUUUUACUUAGAAAGUGUAGAUUUAAGUUUGUUCAAAUCUUGAUCCCAGAGUGACCUAUUUUUUGAUUCUCAGUUGAUUCACUGCGGGCUUUGAACGAUAUUUGGAAUACACAAGGUACUCUAUGUUUUAUGUAGGCUUACAUGUAUAUAAACAAGUGUUUAAGGUUUUCCGAUCCUAAACCUCAAAGUAUUUUUUUUUCAUCCAAAAAUGUUAUUUUGUCCUUCAAACUUUAUAAAUGAAAUGAAACUAGAUGAAAUUGUUACUUGCAUUCUACAAAUCUAUUGCAAUUGUGCCCACGAUGAAUAAAAAGAAGUAAAUAUACAAGUUGAGAAAAAAAGGCUGUGCUGGUACACCGGGUGCUUGAACCCCUUUACCAAAAUAGAUAUGUAACAGAUCUUUGUGGAACCACUAGGUCAAGCAUUUCGUUGAAUUGACAGAUUGUAAAACCAUCACUAUAAGACUGAUUAUAUUCUAUUAAAAAACAGGUUUAUUGUACGAAUAAAAUAAAAUCAGGAUAACUUAGAGUUAUCGAACAUGCUGAGGUUAAGGAUCGUUAAGAUUUUUCUCAAGAACUGAAACUUAUUACGCAAACGCCAUGCAAUAUUUAAAAACAAGGCACAAAGACAUAUUAUUUGUGGUGGAAUCUAACGAUAUAGACUGGUCCAAAAAAGCCUUGACCAAAGAGAAAAAUGUGUAUUUCUCGACAGGAAAUUCACCAGCGGAGGACAUGGCUUUGCUUUCUCUAGCUAAUCAUACAAUAAUGUCCGUCGGUACAUUUGGUUGGUGGAUCGGAUGGAUGGCGCAGGGAACUAGUAUAUUCUAUAAGAACAUUUUCAGACCUCAAUCCGAAUUUGCUAUUCAAUUCCAAAAUAAUUCUAUCGAUGAUUUUAUCUAUUUCGGGUGGAUUCCAAUGGAAUAAAAUGGGGCUUGUUUUGAAUGAUCUGUUAACCCGAUCGUGACCUGCUGCGGUUACAAUGGAUAUUUUUUU